AAGGUUUCUCUAUUCAACUAUUCAUUCUUGGUAUAUUGCUUGCUUUCAUCGUAGUUAGAGAGGUUGUAUUUAGACAGAGUGUGACACUCAUUCAAAAUGAUAGAAGUAAAUAAUAUCCACACCAACUUAAACACAAAAAUAACAACACAAACUGUUAUGAACAAAUACAAAAUGGUUUAAAUAUUUGUGUGCACACUGCAGAGUGAAUGUAGUGCAUGUACGAUACAGAUACAAAUUCAUUAUUCAAAGCAUAUCAAAUUAAAUGCUCGAUAAAAGAAUUGUGCUUUUUCUAAAUGAACUUUAGUUGCAAGUUUGUCAGUGAACAUGCCGCUUGUGUCGGCUGAUGAAGAGUGAUAAAAUUGUUUUUUAAAAGCAGCAGACGACCGAUAAAUCAAAACGUUUUUUCUUGAAAAUGUACGAAAAUCGAUUUGAAUCAAAUCAAAAUUAAUGGAUAUGUAUUUAUCAACUGCAGACUAUAAAAAAAGAAAUAAAAUCCUGUAAUAAUUUUAAAUCGUGACUAAGUUUAGUGAAUGCUGUAAAAUUUAGUGGCAAUAAAGAAAUUUUCAGUGAUACGAAAGAAUUAAAGAAAACGACUUUCAUUCGUCGACUAGUUUUGAAUAUAAAUGAUGAAAAAAGGGAACAACUUCCAAAUUAAAAACAGAAUUAUUAAUUUGAUCAGAAAGAACUAGAUCAAACAAGGAAAAAUCGACAAAAAUAUAUAUGUUCAUUACUUUUCUGUAUGAGAAUAAUACUUACAUUGAUACGGAGAAAAAGUUUGUGUAAUUUAUAAAAAUGGAGUCCAUACAACGAAAGUUACCACCAAAUCCCCGUGAAAAAACGAAUAUUUUUUCGCUGUUGUUUUUCACAUGGACAAUCCCGUUGUUUAGAACGGGAUAUGCAAAAAUUUUACAAUUAGAUGACAUUUUUCAACCGUUGAAAUGUGAUAAAUCCGACGUUCUGGGUGAUCGUUUAGAAGCGAAUUGGAAGAAACAAUUUGCUAAAUCAACGCGACCGUCUUUGAUUAGGGCCAUACUUGCUACGCUUUGGAAGGAAUAUGCACUUCUUAGUUUUGUUUGCGGAUUCAAUGAUAUCUUCUUGCGUUUGGGACAACCAUUGCUACUCGGAAAAUUGCUACUCUAUUUUCGCGAAGAUUCGACGAUGAAAUAUGAAGAUGCGCUCCUGUAUGCCAUUGGAAUUAUCAUUUUAAACGCUUUUAGCACCAUUAUGGCAAAUCAAUUUUUCAUCAUUGGUUUACAUAAUGGUAUGAAAGUUCGUGUUGCCGUGUGCAGCCUUAUUUAUCGAAAAGCAUUACGGCUUUCACAAACUGCACUUGGUGGAACGGCUCCCGGCAAAGUCGUAAACUUACUAUCAAAUGAUGUGAAUCGAUUCGAUUGGGUGACAAUGUUUCUGAAUUCAAUGUGGACAGCACCGUUACUUACGUUAAUCGUUGGAAUUUUGUUAUGGAUUGAAAUCGGUAUAGCUGGGAUAAUAGGUAUCGUGAUUGUGUUCAUUGUUGUGCCGAUUCAAAGUUAUACUGGUAAAUUAUCGUCAAUAUACCGCUUGCAAACCGCCCUCCGAACGGACGAACGUGUCCGAUUUAUGGAUGAAAUAAUAUCUGGUGUUCAGGUGAUCAAAAUAUACGCCUGGGAAAUUCCGUUCUCCAAAUUGAUCAUGUAUGCCCGUAAAAUGGAAUUGAAAAUCAUUCGCAAAAGCUCAUACGUUCGAGGCUUGUACAUGACAUUCAUGCUGUUCACAACCAGAAUGGCUAUAUUCUGUACAAUGCUGUCGAUUUCCUUAAUCCAGGGAUCGGAUAAAAUUACCGCAUCCAAAAUAUUCGUUAUUUCUUCGUAUUAUGCUAUCAUCGCGCAAACAAUGUCACAAAUGUUUGUUCGUGGUGUGGCCGAAAUCGCUGAAGUGCUCGUCGCCUUGAAACGUUUACAAAAUUUCUUAGAAUUAGAUGAGAAGAAAACAGAAAGCAUUUGUGCGGGGGAAAACGGACAUAACGGACUUAACGGUGAUAAAAAUGGGGUGGACAAAAUAAUAGAGGCCGAUCAUGUGGCACCGAAAAAUGUGUCUGUAUCAAUAAGAAAUGGCACUGCUCGCUGGACAAUGCCAGCGGUAAAAAAUCCACUACAAAUAGGUACUUCAAAACAUGAGAAAGAUGCACCACAAGAAGAUGAAUCAUCCGCAUGGAAAAAGCCAACGCUCAGCAAUAUAAAUGUCGAUUUUCCAAAGGGAAAACUGAUUGGUGUGAUUGGAUCAGUUGGAGCAGGAAAGAGCUCAUUUUUGCAGGCCUUAUUACGUGAAUUGCCUUUGGAAACUGGUUCAUUGAGCAUAAACGGAUCCAUUUCAUAUGCAAGCCAAGAACCAUGGGUAUUCGCCGGAUCGGUUAGACAAAACAUUCUGUUCGGUGAGGAUUAUGAUCGUGAUCGAUACGAUGCUGUCAUAAAAACAUGUGCACUGGUCAAGGACUUCGAGCAAUUGGAAAAUGGAGAUCGAACGAUUGUUGGAGAUCGUGGAGCCAGUCUCAGUGGUGGGCAAAAAGCUCGUUUGAAUUUGGCUCGUUCUUGCUACCGCAAAGCCAACAUUUACUUGAUGGAUGAUCCUCUAAGCGCCGUUGAUGCUCAUGUCGGAACGCAUAUUUUCAACAAGUGCAUCGGGCCAAAAAGUCGACUCUCAAAACUGAACGCAACGCGUAUUUUGGUCACACAUCAGGUGCAUUUCCUGAAAGAAGCCGAUUGGCUAGUUGUUCUAAAAGAUGGACGAAUCGAGGUGCAAGGGACGCCAGCCGAUUUGGCAAACAGUGGAGUGGAUUUCGCUAAACUUGUUGGAACAAAUGAAAUUGAUAAUGAGGAAGGUCCAGAAAAAUUCAAACGUCAAAUGUCACGGCAGACAUCAACAAGAUCAGCAUCAUCAAUCUCAUUGAAUAGCAGUGCAGACGGCUUCGAGUUUGAUGACGAAGAAGAUGAAGGAAAAACUAAAGGUGUCGAAAUGGAAGACAGUUCGAAAGGCAAAGUGAAAGGAUCGAUUGCUUAUAAUUAUUUCCGAGCCGGAAGUCAUUGGUCAAUUUUGUUUGUAUUGGGAGUUUUAUUUUUAGUGGUUCAACUCUUAGCUAGUGCAGCAGAUUAUUGGGUCUCAAUAUGGACCAAACAAGAGGAAAUGCGUGUUUAUAGUCGAGAUCACAAUACAGAGGAACCAUCGCAAGCACAUCCAACUGCCACACUUGGAACUGAUUUUUGUAUAUCCGUCCAUGGGGCAAUAAUGGCAUUUUUGUUUAUAGUCGCUAUUAUAAGAUCAAUUGGUUUUUUCAAUAUUUGUAUACGAGCUUCCCAGAGACUUCACAAUUCCAUGUUCAGCGGACUCAUUUCAACUUCAAUGCGAUUCUUUGACACAAAUCCAUCGGGCCGAAUUUUGAAUCGAUUUUCAAAGGAUAUUGGCGCAACGGACGAAUUACUCCCAAAAGCAACACUUGACGCAACACAAGUGCUCCUGAGCAUGACUGGUUCAAUCAUCGUUGCGGGUACCGUGAAUCCAUACUUUCUGAUUCCAGUUGUUGUGAUUGGAUUUAUUUUCAUAUUUAUUCGCAAAGUAUACUUGAAAACAUCGAAAAAUAUCAAAAGAUUGGAAGGAGUUGCAAAAUCUCCUGUAUUUACGCACUUAACGGCCACUCUGACCGGCCUUUCAACGGUUCGAGCGUAUAAUGCUGAAAGAAUCCUUAAAAUUGAAUUCGAUUACCAUCAAGACACGCAUUCAGCAUGCUGGUAUAUGUUUAUUUCAACUAGCUCCGCAUUUGGUUUUAGCUUGGAUCUCAUGUGCUUAAUUUUCAUUGCGUGCAUCAUAUUGUACUAUAUGGUGAUCGACACUAGUGUUUCGGGUGAAAAAGUCGGAUUAGCAGUUACACAAGCAAUGUCUUUAACGGGCAUGUUACAAUGGGGUAUUCGUCAAAGUGCCGAAAUAAGCAACCAACUGAUGUCUGUUGAACGUGUGCUUGAGUAUCGAGAUUUGGAGCCAGAGAAACAGCCCAAGAAAUCGUAUCAAGUCAGUGACGACUGGCCAUCAAGGGGAUGCAUUGAAUUCAGAAAUGUGGUCUAUAGAUACUUUGCAGAAGCUGAACCAGUAUUACGGGGUCUGUCAUUUGUAAUUAAGCCGAGAGAGAAAAUCGGAAUCGUUGGGAGGACUGGGGCUGGCAAAAGUUCAUUGAUCGGCGCUAUUUUCCGUUUAGCUCAGAUUGAAGGAGAGGUGAUCAUUGACGAUAUCGACACUGCCACACUUCAAUUGAAAGAUUUGCGGAAACGCGUUGCAAUCAUUCCACAAGAUCCAGUCCUAUUCUCCGGCACUUUGAGAAGAAACUUGGAUCCAUUCGAGGAGUAUCCAGACGAUGACAUUUGGAGCGCACUUGAAAAGGUUGAAUUAAAAGACAUCGCUUCAGGUCCAUUGGGCCUGCACUCGGCUGUGAUGGCACACGGUUCCAAUUACUCAGUUGGACAACGUCAGCUUCUGUGCUUGGCUCGAGCCAUUUUACGUAAAAAUCGAAUUCUGGUACUGGAUGAAGCCACAGCGAACGUUGAUCCACAAACGGAUCUACUGAUUCAACAAACGAUUCGCGAGAAGUUCGCCGAGUGCACGGUGUUGACCGUUGCUCAUCGAUUGCACACAAUCAUCGACUCAGAUCGAGUGUUAGUCAUGGACACCGGUCGAGCGGCUGAAUUCGAUGAGCCACACAAUUUGUUGCAAAAUCAAACGGGUAUUUUCUACGGCAUGGUUAAAGCACUCGGACCACAAGAGUUCAAUCGAUUGUCACAAAUGGCUCGGGAAAAAUUUAAUACAGUGCGUGACGCUGAUUUUGAUGAUGAAGCUGACUUCGAAGAAAGUCGCCUCUAAUGAUAUUAAGGAGAUAAAUGAUAAUGCGAUUCAAGUCCAUAUAAAUUACCGUUUCACCGGCUUUAAUCGCUCAAAUAAAUUUUCAAAAUAACAUUUUCAUUCCAUCGCAUUGAAGUCAUAAUGGUUUUGGAGAGAAACUUUUUACGCUAGAGUCUGACCUACUGGGAUUGCAGAACAUAAAAUAAAGAAAUCAAGAAAUGUUAUCAAGUGUUAUCAAGUACUAAACGUGUAAUUUACUGAAAAAAAACUUCAAUAAAUACUAGUAUACUGAUUUA